AUGCAGGCCAGCUACAUUGCUGCGGUGCCACCAGCAGAUGUGGAAAUGACCGAUGCAGAGAAAGGCGUAGCCAAGGAGGUCGAAAUCAAGUUUCCCCAGCUUAGCAAGCCCUAUGCCCCUGAGCUCGAAGCAUAUGCCGUCCUCAUAUUGGUAGUGAAGCUCUCAGACAAGCGAGACGACAAGCAGAAGGCCAUGGACGUGGUGAGUGCCAUGGUGCUCUGGUUGAAGACGCUUAACCGCCGUACGCUGGAUCUCUUCAGUGCGAGAGCGUACUUCUACCUGUCGCUUGCGUACGAAAGAUGUGGACGGCUGUCUGAGAUCCGUCCAGAGCUUCUUGCUGCCUACCGCAGUGCAUGCCUCCGGCAUGAUCAGAUGGGGCAGGCAACGCUGUUGAACCUGCUGUUGCGGAACUACCUGGCAUACAACCUCUACGACCAGGCGUUGAAGCUGGUGUCCAAGACCAGCUUUCCAGAGAGCCGCCCGAACAUGCAGUACGCCCGAUAUCUCUUCUACAUCGGGCAGAUCAAAGCAGUUCAGCUUGAGUACUCGGACUCACACUCCAAGCUGAUGCAAGCAAUUCGAAAAGCGCCGCAGACCCCUGAAGUGGCUUUGGGCUUCAAGCUGGCGGCGAGCAAGUUGGCCAUAGUCGUAGAGCUGCUCAUGGGUGGGGUUCCUGAGCGGUCCUUCUUUACGCAGAAGGAGCUCAAGGAGCAUCUUCGGCCAUACUACGCUGCCACGCAAGCCGUCCGCUCCGGCGACCUGCACGCGUUCAAGGAGUGCACCAAGACCUAUGAGGCGCUGUUCAAGAAGGACAAGACGCUGACCUUAAUCAAUCGGUUGAGAUACAAUGUCAUCAAAACGGGCUUGCGAAGCAUCAGCCUGGCUUAUAGCAGGAUCUCUCUGCAGGACAUCUGCACCAAGCUUGGCCUGGAGUCCACAGAAGAUGCUGCGGGCGUUGUGGCCAAAGCUGUCGUGGACGGAGUGAUUGACGCGACGAUCGAUUACGACAAGCAGUUUGUGAAGUCCAACCAGAAGAUAGACUUGUACCACUCCUGCGAGCCGCAGAAGGCUCUGCACAAGCGCAUCGCCUUCUGCCUGCAGAUGCACAAUGAUGCAGUAAAAGCCAUGGCAUACCCGGAUGAGAAUGACAACAAGGAUGCAGAAGACCCUGAGGAGAAGCGAGAAAGAGAGAAGCGUGAGUUGGCCAGCAUCGAAGAAGAUGGUGGCGAUGACGACAUGAUCAUUUAG